CUCGUUCCCAUCAACACGCGAAAAUAAACCCUGAAAUUCAGACCCCAGUCGUCGGCCGCCAGCCACACUUCCUGUCGCCGACCGCCCGCCCGCUCGUUCCCGUCAACACUCAAAAAGCCCAUUUUCUCCUAGGGUUUUGCUUUUCCCUUCCAAAGAACCCCUCCGGAGGUUAAAUGGCGUCGCUUCCCGAUGCGGACUCAAUAGCAGCUUCUUGCGGGGCCUCAGAAAAGCUCAAUCUUCCAAUGCUGCAAUCCAAGAUGAAAUCCGACCCGGAAGGCUAUAUUUCGGAGCUAAGCCUUGUUUACAAUCAAUUCAAGUCAUCUCUUGAGCUCUAUCAGCAGCAAGCCGCUUUGAAUUUCACCUCGAUGAGUGGAGUAGCCGCUGAUAACACCGUUGCUAAGGAUUUAGGUGAUCGAGCCAUGUUUUUGGCCCACGUUACUCCUUCAUACCCGGAAGAAUUGGUUCAGUUUCCCAAUGAAUUGGUUCAGUUUCUCAAGUCUUCGGCUCAGAACCUUCCAUCACGUCUUAGGGUGCCUGUGACACAAGCUCUGAUUCUUUUGGUCAAUCGAAAGAUCAUUGAUAUCGUGGACACACUUGCGGUGUUCAUGGAGCUCCAGACAGUUGGGGAUAGGACGCUAAAAACUCUGGCAUUUUCUCAUGUUAUUCAUAGCAUCAGACGCAUGAACCAGAAGCAUAAGAAUGAUCCUAGAAACAAGGCACUUCAGAGUAUUUUGUUUGAAAUGCUGCAGCAAGAGGACGAAGCAAAAGCAAAGAGAGCACUUAUGACCUUGUGCGACCUUCAUCGCAGAAAAGUUUGGUUUGACGAAAGGACGGCAAAUGCUAUAUGCACAGCAUGCUUUCAUGCAUCUCCAAGGAUCAUGAUUGCUGCCUUGUCAUUUCUUCUUGAUUAUGAGAAAAUUGAAGGUGAUGAUGAUACUGAUGAUUCUAGCAGUGAAGACGAGGCAGUGACCCCACAGCCUCAUGUUGUACUGAGUAAAGAAGCUAUCUACAAGGCAAACCACAAAGGCACAACAUCAAGCAAAAAGAAAAAGAAGGCAAAAUUGCAGCGCGUUGUACGCAGCAUGAAGAAGCAGCAGCGACUAUCAUCUGAGAACACUAAUUCAAACUACUACUCACCACUAAAUCAUUUGAAAGACGCGCAGGGCUUUGCCGAGAAACUGUUUUCACACUUGCAAUCCAGCAAGGAACGGUUUGAGGUAAAAAUGAUGAUGCUUAAAGUGAUUGCUCGAACUAUUGGCCUUCAUCAAUUGAUUCUACUAAACUUUUACCCUCACCUUCAGAAAUAUGUCCAGCCACACCAACGUGAUGUCAUAAAUCUACUUGCGGCUGCUGUUCAGGCCUGCCAUGACAUGGUACCACCCGAUGCAGUUGAGCCGUUGUUUAGGCAGAUUGUUAACCAAUUUGUUCAUGAUAAAUCACGCCCAGAGGUAGUGUUAUAUUUGUUGAGAUAUAUUCCUUCUAUUGUGAGUGUUUCGUUGAUUACCUCAGUUAUCGUUCCUCAGGCCAUCACUGUUGGACUCAAUGUAGUACGUGAAAUAUGCUUACGCAUGCCUUUGUUGAUGACUGAAGAUCUUCUGCAAGACCUUGUGUUGUAUAGGAAAUCAAACGAGAAGUCAGUUUCGUCAGCUGCUCGUUCACUUCUUACUUUAUUUAGAGAGGUCUGCCCUUCUUUAUUGAUCAAGAAGGAUAGAGGAAGGCAUGCUGACACAAAGGCCAGACCCAAAGCCUUUGGUGAGGUGCAUAUUCCUAGCAAUAUCCCAGGUGUUGAGUUAUUGGAAGAAAAUGAUGAUAUUAAUAAUAGUAGUAGUGAUGAGGAGGACAUAGAGAAUAGGGAUGUUGCCUCCACAGAUGACGAAAGUGACAAGAGUGUUGGCACUGUUGAAGAAAGUGAUAGUGAUUAUGGUCAUGAAAUGGAUGACGACAGUGCUGAAGAUGAUGAAGUGUCCGAGGAAGACAAUAAAAGUGUUGAUGGUAAUGAUGCAAGUGAAAUAAGUGAUGAUGAAGAGUGUGAGGAAUUAUCAGAUGAAGAGCAUGAGGAGUCCAGUUCGAAGAAGAGUGCCAAUGGCAAUGAUGAUAAGUUGAUAACAAAGAAAAGGAAACUUUCUGAUUUCGAGGGACAGCUGGAUGCUGCCAAUAAAAGUCUCCGUGCUUUGAAGAAAUUAGCUGGAGCAAGUGGGAAUGCCUCAUCCAACAUGGAUGACGGUAUUCUUUCUAAUGAGGACUUCCAAAAAAUAAAAGAGCUAAAGGCUAAGAAGGCGGCCAAGGUCUCAUUAACCCAGCAUGGUUUCAAGCUUCCGAGCACAAACGAGCUUGGCUUGAAGAAGGUUGAUGCCGCCAAACUUGAGGUAGGGGUUUUCCCAUUCAGUCAGGCUCACAUACGGAGGAAGUUGACAAAAGAGGAAAAGUUGGCAGUGAUGAGGGAACGACGUGAGGAGAGAGGGAAAUAUCAGUCGAAAACUGCAACAAAACAGAACAAGACUAGUGGUUUAACUAAUAAGCAGAAGGAACACAAGAAAGCUAUGCCUUUAGCUGCAAAAAGGUCCAAGAUUGCCAAGUCUCGCCAAGCGAAGCAGAAACAAAGCAAACGGUCGGGCAAACAGUUCCGUGGAAGGAAAGCAUGGAAAUGAUCUUCUUGCUUGUGCACCUUUAUGGUUUCACUCUUAUUUUUGGUUUUGGAAAUAGGUGAGAGUUAGUAGUAGUAUUUAUAUUUGUGUUGGCAUCCAGACACUGAUUUUCAAAAAUCAGAUUUUUAUUAUUAUUUUUUUGGUUUUUCUGAGAAUUUGGGCAAUGGAUGACUUUUCUGUUGUCAAUCCAUUUGAAUUUUUGUGGGAAUAACUUAAAAGAAAAGCAGGAAGUGUGAUUCAGUGUAAAUGCGAAAAGCUGAAGUUAUAUCCCCAUUUCAGAUUUGUAGAUACCUAACUACAAGCCCGUGAGAAAUCCAAGGAACACAGUUGAUUCGGGGUGGAAAUAAUUCAGCUGUUACCCAAACCAUGAAACAUUCUGUUAACUAUUUCAUUU